UGUGUCUUUUCCAGAACCUUCUCUUCUCUUAAACCUCAAUUGUCUCUCUCGUCAAACCCCUCUUUCUCUUUCCGCCGCUCGCUCUUCCACUCUCUCUCACAGAAACCCCUCUCUCUCAGCCGCUAUGGCCGGACUCUGCGGCUUGAGAGUGGCGGCGCAACCGGUGGCAUUGCGUUGUCUGGGGAUCACCACCGCCAGCCGAGCUUACGGAUCGGCGGCCGCGAUUCAGUACGACUACGACUACGAAGAGUACGAGAGCGAACCGUACCGGGCGAUCGAGGACUCGGAGGGAGCGGUACGUGGAAGGGGAGUGCAGUGGGUGAUCAUGGGGGAUCCACUAGCGAAGAAACACGUGUAUGCCGAGGGGCUCUCGAAACUUCUUCAUGUACCCCACAUUUCCAUGGGUACCCUAGUUCGCCAAGAGCUCCACCCUCACUCCUCCAUCUAUAAACAGAUUGCGAAUGCUGUGAACCAAGGGAAGCUUGUUCCAGAAGAUAUAAUUUUUGGUCUGUUGUCAAAGAGGUUGGAAGAAGGUUACUCCAGGGGUGAAACUGGCUUCAUUUUGGAUGGAAUUCCGCGUACAAGAAUCCAAGCUGAGAUCCUUGACCAACUUGCUGAUAUUGAUUUAGUCGUGAAUUUCAAAUGCACAGAGGAUUCCUUAUUGAAACAACCUAUGAGAAAUGGAAUCUGUUCUCCAGGUCAAGAAAUUCUCAUGGGCAAGUCCGGGUUAAAAUUAAAUCUCCCAUCACAGGACAAUCUAAAAUCUUCAUGUGCUGAUGCAGAAGGUGCCUGGAAAGAGAGACUUCGUAUUUAUGCUGAGCAGAGCAAGCCUUUAGAAGAUUACUACAGAAAACAGAAGAAGCUUCUUGACUUUCAAGUGGCUGGUGCACCUGGAGAAACCUGGCAAGGUCUAUUGGCUGCCUUGCAUCUUCAGCAUAUGAAUGCUGUCAGUUCUUCACAGAAGCUGACUGCAUGAUCUGUCCAACCUGAUCUUUUGAUGAUCUUCAUUAUUGUUUCGGCUUCAUAGUAAAUAUCAUCAAUUUGAGUGUAGCAUAGUUGGCUGGAGUUUUCCAUGGCUAGUAUCUCCAGCUCAGUUUUGAAGGCUCAAGUUUUUUUUUUUGCAAAGUGCAUACGUUUUGAUGAUGCGUAGACUAUUGGUAUGUUCGAGCACAAUAUGUAUUAUUUACAUUUUAUUUGUAUUUUUUCUUUCUUUUGCAUUGAGAUUUAUGAUUUUGUGUCCUAUACAAUAUAUAUUCAGUAUGUAUUUUCUUGGAUCGUCUCUCUAUUUCCCUGAGUUGAAUCUGCUUGAAUA